UGUGCGGUGGUGUUUCCAAUUUUCACUAUUUCAUAUAAAUUAAUUGGAAAUGUCUUAAUAGAAUUGAUUUUUUGACCGAUCCUUUGUUUUGUUGUUAAACAAUACUUAAUUAAUAGAGAUUUUUUUUACUAAAUAUAAUAACGCAGUUAUUGAUUGUAAAAUAAUUAGCUACAUUAGUCCUUUAUGUUGGGCAAACCCGAUAGCUAUUUUUUUUAACUUCUUAAAACCUCGGUUUGUGUGAGAAUGUCGUUUGCAUUCAAGAUAGAUAAAGCGUUGAAGGCGAAUUUGUAUAAAAUAUGUCGUCUUUGUGGAAUCGAUAGAGAGGACAAGUUCGACAUUUUGGAUGCUAAUACAGAAGAUCAAGAGCCGGUAGACUGUGACGGCGAAUUGAAACUGCACCAAAAAAUUAUUCAAUGCAUUGGCAUUACAGUUUGUAAGGAUGAUAGAAUGCCUCAAAGUGUUUGUGGACUUUGCGUGGAUAAAAUCAAUGAUUUUUAUGAAUUUCGUGAAAUGUGUUAUGCCACAGAUGUUCAGACGAGGAAGUUACUCGGAUUGAAAGGCGGGGCCCAGAAAAAGAUCGUUAAUGCGGAUGUUAAACCUAGUAUUGAUAUAAAAGAUGAAGCUGGUGUAAAACGUGGACGUAAGCGAAAAUCAGAUGAGAUAAUUGCAAGAAUGGAAACAACGGAAAUAAAGCGGGAAACCGGCCCAAUAGUGCUGACAAAUAAAAAGCAACGUUUAAACGAGCCACCAGACACAAAAAAGAAAGGGAAAUUUGGGAAAACAGUUGAUAAAAGUUUAAAGCCUAAGGAGGAAAUAAAAGAAGAACCCAUGGAUAUGGAGAAACCAACAACUACGAAUGCGUAUAACAUGAAAUUUCGACAUGUGUGCAAUAUAUGCGAUCAAGGGUUUAUUAGCAAAGUAAAAUUGGAUCAACAUAUUGGGGCAGUACAUAUGCCAAACAUACCACGAUAUAUUUGCACCGCUUGCAAUGAAACUAUAAAAAAAACUAACGACAUCAAAAGUCAUCAGUUAUGGCAUAAGUUAAGUAAAACGCCUUACAUAUGUGGACAUUGUGGCCAAUCGUUGAUAAGUUCCUAUGCGUAUUCAAGACAUCUACGGGAUCACACUGUGGAAAUUCCUCCAAAUUUGUGGGUGCUUGAUCGUGAAUGUCCUCAAUGUCAUCACACUUUUUUAACAAACUUUCUUUAUAAUACACAUUUAUGUGCAGUACGGACUAAAAAGUGUGCAGGUUGUAAUCGUCAAUUACGUAAUGAGGUUGAGUAUCAGCGACAUGCAGCUCACUGUGCAAAAGUUUAUUUGAAUUACUCAAAACAUAUACCAGUCGCUGCUCUCGCAGCCGAAUCUACAAUUCGUAUUAAAAAUGAAAACGAAGUAGAGGCUGCUGCUGCCGAAGCGUUUGCUCGCAACGCUGGCAUAUCGUUGGAAAUGACGCCAAUCGUGUCGUUAACUCGUAUUUCGACCCCUGAAAUUCUGGCUGCUAGUCUUGGUUGUACCACAACAGAAUAUACCAAUGAUGGUACAGGAACACAAAUUGACGAUGGAAAAAUGUCCGGAAAGAAGGGCAGUAAAAAAGGAGUCUCUCGAAAAGACCUUAAAAGGGUAGAUAACUUAUUAAAAUCAACAUUAGAUGUACUGGUGAGCAUUAAGCAUGAGCCAGAGGUGCAUGUAGGAAUUGAUUCCGAAACACCAGCACCAUCCAAUGAAACUGCCAACACAGCGGAGGAGGCUGAUAUGACAAACGAUGACGGUUACCACCAUGGAGAUGAUGAUGAUGAUGACGAGCAUGAUGAUGAUGAUUCGAAAAAUGAUGGUGAAGGUGAAACAGCUGACGUGGCAAUCAAACGUGAACCAGCCGAGGAAUGUUUUGCUCAAAGUGCUGUGCAUAUUAAGCAAGAAGUAAUUGACGUAGACAAUGAGAAUUUAGCUACAACUACUAAAAUGCCAGUAUUAAAAUUGAAAAUCAAAAAAGAACAUGGCACAUUAAAUUCAUCGAUUGUCGAAGAACAAAGUGUCCGAGUAGAAAAGAAAAAGAAGAAGAAAAAACGGAAAGAUGCAAUGCGUAGUAAAGAUAAGGAGUUGGAUGAAAAUGACCUUUUGUCUGGGAAUGGGUCUGUGCACGACGAAUCUAAAGCUGGUGGUGGUACUGUGUCAAAUCAAAAGUUAUUAAGGCCUGUAAAACAAGAGCAACUGGACGAAACUGACGAGGAAUAUGAGAGUAAUAAGUUAGAAAGUAAUGAAGCGGUACAUCUAGAGCCAACGGUCAUGACCACAAUUCCAAUACCGCAAUUCCAAAUAUCUGCAAUUUCAAGUGGCGUUGAAUUCGGCGAUAAUAUUGAGUCCGGUACCCAAGGCAAAGCUAAUGAUAAAACUAGUGAAGCAGCGACAGUGCAACCUACUUGUGUUGAAGGCGAAGUUGAGGAUAUUAAACCAAACAAAGCUGAAUUAGAUCGCUUAUUUCAAAUCACUAGCGUUAGUUGUGGUGUGCAGAUGGAACAUGAACAAGGAAGUGAAAUUGAGAGAGAAUCAGACUGUAAUAGUGAAAAUUCAAAUUCUAAUAUCCCAGUUAUGGUGCAACGUAAACUUGAGAAAACCGCACAUAAAGUUGUUAAAUAUAAACGUGCAGAACAGAAGAUUGGGACACCGGCGCGAACGGCGAAGGCAUACAAGUCAACAUCAGGAGUUAAUAAGAUAAGCGCAAAUCUCGACAGUGGUAUUUCUCAAGCCAAUUUGGGGUACCUUCCCCAAAUUCAAAUUAAACCUGAACCAGUUGAUCGUGGUUAUGAGGAUAUAUUUAAUGCGUAUGAGUCAGCUACAAAUUCUUCCGCGGCAGAGACAUUACAAUUGUCCGUGAGAGAGAUGGCUGAGCAGGAAUAUUUAAAUAAUAUUGAUUUCGCAACUAUUCAAAUCAAACAAGAAAAAGACCUUGAUGUGUCCGACGUCGAGAUGACAAAUACACAUAUCGUGGCAAAUGCCAUAUCCAACGGAAAUCGAACAAAUGGUGAAGAAUCUCAAUAUUCUGAAAACGAUGAGGACUCGGAUAGUAUGUAUAAUGAAGAAACCGAUGAAGAUGAGGAAGAUGAUGGCGAUGAUGAUGAUUGGGUAGGCAUUAAAAAAGUAGAAGAAGAAAAACGCGAGUAUCGUGAACUCGACAUGCCGCCGCUGUUAGCAACAGAUGUUCAGGAGUCAAGUGAAAAUAUGCACGGUUCUGAAGAUAAGUUUGCAUGUACGCUUAAGAUAACGGAAUCACAAAAUGAAGUUAUUGACGAUAUGUUGGUGAGAGAGCCAAAGGAAAGCAGAAGCGACGAACAAAAGAAAUCGGAGUGCGAUUUAAAUAGCACUACUUCAGUAAAUGACCCUACCACAAGUGCAUUGCUAAUGAAUUCUGAUGUGUCGCAACCGAGUAAUGAAGAUUUAGUAGCACCUCCAUUAAUGAUAACAGACAUUUACAGUCAAGCCGACGGUGGGGUGACUGAGAGAUUCCCGCAAACAAAUGCUAUAGCUACGCCACAUGAUGAAAUAAAGUAUUCGCACGGUGCGAAAGAACUUCUUGUUGAAAUGCCAGCAUUAAAAAUAGCAAGUGUCAUUGCUGGGUGUUCGACCAGUUUUGAUAAUUUUUCAAAAGAUGAUAAUCAGUUGAUCGACAAUUUUCCACCUUCGUUUGCCGGGCAACUGACAGAGGACGAGGAUGUUUUUGAAAGCAGGCACAUAAGAAACAACGAACGUAGUGAUAUCAUUGAUACACAUCCAGAACCACAUACGAUGAGCAUUGAGAUAAAUCAAAACAAAGAUGCCCUUCUUGAUGCUCAGCCAUUUUCUGAUGUUCGAGUAGAUACCGUAUCAGUCAUGGGUUCGUCACAAACGAUAUUAAAUUCGAAUAUAAAUAUAGCUUUGGAUUUUGCGCAGAACAAUCCGGUUGAACUGGUGGGUGAGAACUUGGUUGAAGAAGAGCAGAAUCUUCUUAACCAAGAAGUGGUCGAGGCACAAGCCAUCCAAGGAUUGGUACUUGGUGCUGAUGAAUCCAUUACAUUGAAUGCGCCAAUACAAAACGUUGAAGAGGCCGAAAACCUUAUGAACGAAAGCGUAGCCGAAGCACAGAUGCAACGACAAGAACCACAUACUGACGUUCCACCAAACCAACUAGAAUGCUGUGAUAGUGCCAAUGACAGUAUUGAGGGAACAUGUCCAAGCAGAAUAAUCAAUAAUGCAUUCUUGAUGGAUGAGAGUAACAUUAAUGAAAUCGCCGAAAAUAACAAUAAUGCAAAUAUUGAGCGCGAAUUACAAGACGAUGUUGCCUCAACAACAGCUGCGAGCUCGAAUGCGGCCAAUUCCAGCGACAAUGACACCGAUAGACGAAACAUUACAGAUACCAGCGAUAGAAAAACAACUGAUAUAACAUGAAAAUAGAAAUAAAUUAGGCAUACGAACCAACAUUUUAAACAGCAAGGGUUAGGUACUAUGUGAAAAAAUUACAAAGAGUCGGAAGUUAUAUUAGAAUUAGGCUAUUGAUAUUUUUUAUUAGUUGGGCUUGAAGCGUUCACACCAACUGGUUUUUGCUAUUAUUCAGUAAAAAAGUGGUGUAAUUAGGCAUGUUUUAGCUUUUAUUUUGUAUUAUAUGUUUAACCAUCAUGUGUAUUUUUUUUCAAAGUAUAAAAAAUACGUAUGUACUAUUUAAUUCUUGUCAGAGGAUUUAUAUAUAUUUAUUAUAGCUUUCAGUUUUUUGUUGGUUAAUGUAGCACUUAAGCUGAAUUAUUAAAUUAGGUAAGAAAAUUAACCUUAAAUUACGUAAACAUGUUAUUUACAAGAACCAUUUUGUCUAAUCAUGAGCUCAAUCUACUCUACCAGAGUAGCAUUUAUUUUUGCAUAUAUAUACACAAAAUAUGUAUAUAACAAUUUUUUAUGUGGCAAUUGGUUCUAAAGGCCCAACUGGAUAUAUAUUAUUUUUAUGAAUAUUAAGUUUUGUGGAUUGAAGGCAUUACGUGCAUCAAAAAUGGCGCGUGUUUCAUUGCACCAUAAACACAUUUUAAUGAAAUGUAUGUUAAAAUAAUUUUCUAGCAUAUAGCAAUGCCAUAUUGCCAAUUUGUAAAUUAAAUACAAACGUGAAAAGCAUUAUAAGUACAUUAUUUUUUUGUAAUCAAAGUGUAUCAAAAAUAAUAAUUACAUAAUAUACAUAGAUUACUAAUAAAUUCAUAAUACAAACAUUA